ACGUAUCCCAUGAUGCUGCCGCGUGCCGCCGCCAGGUUUUCCAGCCAGCACAGCAGCCGCCGCAGCCCCUGCCUCGCCGUGCCAAGGCUGGGCUAGAGGAUCCGGGCGUUGCGUGCUCUCCAGCCAGCGGGGAGCCGAGCGGACUCGCCAUGACGGCGUCCAUGAGGCAGCGGUUUGAUAAGUUUCUCCACGAGAAGAACUGCAUGACCAGCCUGCUGGAGAAAAUCGAGACCAAGACGGGGGUGAACCGCUCCUACAUCGCCAUCGCUAUCAUUGGCGUGCUGGCCGUGUACCUGGUGAUCGGCUAUGGAGCAUCUCUACUGUGCAACCUGAUCGGAUUCGCUUAUCCUGCCUACAUCUCAAUCAAGGCUAUUGAAAGCCCCAACAAAGAUGAUGACACACAGUGGCUGACCUACUGGGUUGUGUAUGGCAUCUUCAGCAUAGCAGAAUUCUUCUCUGAUAUCUUUCUGUCCUGGUUCCCUUUCUACUACAUGCUGAAGUGUGGCUUUCUCCUGUGGUGCAUGGCUCCAAGCCCUUCCAAUGGAGCAGAGCUUCUGUACCACCGAAUUAUCCGCCCUUUGUUCUUGAAGCACGAGGCUCAGUUGGACAGUGUUGUGAAGGAUCUGAAAGACAAAGCUGCAGAGACUGCAGAUGUCAUUACUAAAGAAGCCAAGAAAGCUACAGUGAACUUACUGGGUGAUGAGAAGAAAGGCAUUUAAACUGUUAGCAGGAUGAAGAAAGUUUCCCCCCCCC